GGAGAAAAAACUGUGCCUAAACAGUGAUUUUCACUCGUAAUUUUUUUCAGCCCCGUCUGUUCAAAAUUUCUUCUGCGUCCCAUCGAACUGCAAUAAUCGCGCCGCCUCCAAGCCAAGUCAAAUUUUCCGUCUGUAUUUUAUCUCGCUAAUCUGUCAGCCAAGUGUCAACAAGCACUCCAGUACCCGUGUGUUAUCACCUCGUUGGAAUUAAAAGCCGCUGAUCGGAGAAUAAUUCGCAUUCGAUCAGCGAUGUCUCUUCUCAUUGUGGGGGGCGUUUGCACGGCGCCGCCGCCAGCUCUGUCGGUCAGUGGGUGGCAUAAUCAAUAGACGUCGUAGUCGGAAGUGUCGGGAGCGGUUGUGUGUGCGGAGUGAAUGCCAGGCAUAGAUUUUUCUCCGAGGAGACCAUGCAGCCGCCGCCGAGAAAGGGUAAUUACGCCAAAUUCCUCAAAAACCUCCACACGGAGCAAAUCAACAAACUCGCGCUCAAGAACCAGCACGAGUGUGACCUGCUCGAGGACAUUAGGAGCUUUACGAUCAGGAAAUCAGCGUUAGAGAAAACGCACUCUGAAGACUUGCUUAAGCUGACCUCGCAGUUCCUCAAUAAGAAGGCACCCAAUAUUCCCGAUAUCAAAAUCGAAGGUAGUGAGGAAAAAUGGAACAUGUGGAACGUUUGGCGAACGGUUCUGGAAGAGAACGAAAAACUGGCAAGGGCUCGAUUAGCAGCCGUCGAAGUUUUUCAGCAGCAGAUAGCAGACGACGCGAAAAUUUUAAGGGUGCAUAAGCUCCAAGCAGCGAAAAAAUGUUUGGAUCAGUUGGCUCUCGUACAAAAGGAGUUACAAGGAUGUGUACAAGAAGUGGACAAGACGAAAAAAAUGUACUUUGAUGAGGAACACAGUGCUCAUGGGGUCAGGGACAAGGCGAGAGACAUCGAAGAAAAACUCAAAAAGAAGAAGGGCGGUUUCUUCACCUCAAUCACCUCCUUGCAGAAAAACAGUGCAAAAUACUCAACAAAACGCGAACAACUCGACGAAAAAUCGACGGGCGCCCGCAACGACUACCUCCUGUGCCUGGCGGCUGCAAACGCCCAUCAAAAUCGCUACUUUGUCGUCGAUUUACAACAAUGUAUGUCGACGAUGGAAAGCGGCGUCUACGAAAAAGUCGCCGAAUAUCUUUUUCUGAUGGGACGCACUGAACUUCUCACCUGCUCGGCGAUGCAAAACUCCUUCACAAUCAUCCGAGAUCAAGCCAAACAACUAACCAGAGAUUAUAAUAUUCAAUGCUGUUACUUGUACUAUCCCGUUCUUAAACAGCACAUACAAUAUCCUUUCGAACCGUGUGACAACGAUCCUAUUGAAACCAUCACAGCAGAACAUGAUUCAGCGGCCGCUACCUUGAGCAAAGAGGCCAGAAGGUGGGCCACGAGGAUAGCAAGGGAGAAUAACGUGAUCAGGGAGAGCACCAGGAAGUUGCAGAUUUAUAGCGCGCUCAGGGAGUCGGGGCAAAAGGUGGAUCCAAACGACCAGAACGGCCCCGAUCUCGAAACGAAAAUCGAAGAGAUGAGGCAGAAUAUUCGGAAAGCGGAAACGGCGAAAGCCAAAGCCGAAGCUCGGAUAGAGGCGCUCAGGGAGGGCGGCGUCAACGUCGACGAGUGGCUGCAGGAGGCCGAGUCGCUCAAUGUCCAGGAUAUCCAACGAUCGGCAAGCUCAUUAUCGGACCACCCCAGCUCGGACUCGUUCUACGACAGCGACUUUGCCGAAGGCGAGACUGCCACCGCCACCGCUCCCCAGGCCGACAAGCACCAGGAUAAAGACAGCGAAGGGAGUCAACACGAUCAGUUUGAAAAUGCAGAGGUCGACGGUGAGUGGGCGAUGCUCGAACAGGAGAGACAAAGGAUCGAACAGUUGACUGCAGGUUGGGACGACCCCACACAAGUCGAUUGGGGUACGGAGGAUACGGAAUCGGAGAGUGUGAUUCGACGAGAGUCGACCCCUUCCAUGCCUCUGCUCAAGUGCACAGCGCUCUACUCGUACACUGCACAAAAUCCCGACGAGUUGACGAUCGUCGAAAACGAACAACUGGAAGUGGUAGGUGAAGGUGACGGUGAUGGGUGGUUGCGAGCGCGCAAUUACAAAGGUGAGGAAGGAUACGUACCGCAUAAUUACCUCGACGUGGAGCGCGAACAGACGGCGACGACGCCCGGACUAGUCAAUCAAAUAUCAUUCUCAUCGGUCGACUACACCGUAGACAACGAGGAGGAGGUGCAAGCACCGUCCGAAACGAAUCAAUCGCCCGAACAAGUCUCCGUUAUUUCGGUGCAAGCCGCAGUUCCCGAUUCACCUGCAGCGUCCUAUUGUAUCGCCCUCUACGAUUACGACGGCGAAGGUGGCGAAGAACUUACUUUCGAAGAGGGACAAAUAAUUAAAGUUUUGAGCAAAUGUGCGCAUAGUGUUGACGACGGCUGGUGGAAAGGCGAACUGGAAGGUAGAAUCGGAAACUUUCCGUCGUUGGUGGUGGAGGAGUGUGACGAAUAUGGCGAACCGUUGACGAAUGAAUGGGAUGAAACGCCGCCACCGUCAGCACCACCGGUUUUUACACCACCUGAUGUUCCCAAUUUUUUAGUAGCAGCUGAGGUGGUUAUAACGCAACCAACGCCAUCUGUAGAACACCCACAAGAACCACCUCCAGUUCUCAAAAAUCAAGGAGAUUCAACAGCAUCACCAGAGGGAAGCUUCUCCAUGGAGCUAUCCCGGGACCAACACCAACAAUACGGCAGUCAAUUUCAGGGAAAUGUUCCAACGAUCGACGUUCCGAGCGUCGAGAUCGUUGGCGAGGAUGACCAGCCCGGCCCCGAGUCCGACCCCCAGCAGGACGAGCUGGGUCUCGGCGUGGCUCAGAUCGUGAUAACGGCCGCCACCCCCAUGAUGGAGGAACCCGAGCACCCGUUCCCGCCGCCGGAGGAGCCGGCCGCCAACCACCGCGAGACGGACACCGCCGCCGCCGCCGCCGCCAUCCCCGAGGAGGACGAGGAGGAGGUGGACGCCGAGCCGGCGCCGGGCGCCGCCGACGGCGACUCGACGCCGUUCGUCGUCAGCAGCAGCACGGGCAGCGACGGCGAGACGACGGGCCCCAGCACCGCCGAGAACUCGGUGAGUCACGUGGUGGGCGAGCCCAAGCAGGUGGUGGGCGGCAGGGCGAGCAUCCCCGACGAGCUGGAGCCGCACCAGCUGGCCCGACUGCAAGAUCUCAAAGAGUCCAACGCCUAGACCAUCAUGUUAGAGCUCUGUUCGUACGCUUCAAAUUAAUAAAUAAAUUACCAAAAAAAAAAAAAUGAAAGGGGUGAUGGGAAACGAUUGGAAAUUGAUUAGGUUUGAUGGAAGAUCGUUUCGAAUCACUUCACUUUGUAGGAUAAAUACGCAUACGUGGACGACGCAAUGGACUAUCAUCAUCUUGUGUGUUGUUGAAUCGCGCGUAUAUUUGUACCUAAUUUGUUAUUAUUGUUAGAUGAACAUAUGAGGAUAUUUUCACUUUAGACAUGUAAGUAGUUUGUAGGUUGUCGGUUGAAUUGGUUACAAUUGUUGGUUGGACAAUUUCUUUUUGCGUUUCGGUAUUAAUGUCACAAACUUAAGGUAAUUUUGUUGGUUUUGAGUGGCUCCUGAUGUCUGUUGGAAACGAAUUUUUUUUGUUAAUUAUUUUCAGGUAAGUUUUUUAUUAUUUUUUUAAUUGAUUAACAAUGAAAAAAUUCUAUUGAUUUCAAAUAAAUUUCACACACGUUUUUGAUAAAGACACUGUCAUUAAUUAUACCAGGUGGGCAACCUCAUCGCGCACCUAAGAAAAUCGCGAUUUCUAAUUAAAUAAAAAAUAUUGCAUUUUACACGCCUGACUGUACGUUCGAAAAAAAAUAACAGUGCUAAAGUUAUACAUUUAAUUAAAUCACCUAAAACUGUUUUGAAGUGUGUACUUCAUUAAAUAAAACAACCAAUAUUUUUCAUUUUUGGAUGUAGUUUAUAAUACAGUUUUUCGGCUAAACUUUUUGCUUUGUUUUUGGAAACAUUAUUCAUUCAUUGCUUUGUCGAAAACGACACAUCUUUUUUAAAAAAUCAAUACACCAUAAGCAAGAUAAAUUAUAAAAAAUUGAAAUAAGUCAAAUUAAAAAAAAGAGCUUGAGUGUUUUAAUAUUCAUUUAGGUAGAUUUAGUUCAAAAAUUAAAAAAAUUAACUCUCUUUAAAUGUUCAAUACCUUAAAAUCGCCUUCAAAUUGUUAAGAUGGCCGAACUCCCUAUUUCCAAUUUUUUUUGAAAUUGUCUAAAUACUCGUAUUUGAGUGUCUCUUCCUGAUAGCAAACAAUAUGCAACUUUAAACACAAAAAAAUUUUUUUUCAGCAAUCCUAAAUAAAUAAAUAAGCUAACAAUAAUAAAGGUAUCUCCCCUAAUUUUUUGGUAAUUUUUCACUUGCAGAUAAAAAUAAUAAUUAAAAAAAGUAAUUUUCGACCAAAAAGUCAAAUUCUAAAUUUUAUACAAAACCACGCGUAUUCACUUCAGAUAAUUGUUUACGAAAUUAGCGAAGAAAAAUACCAAUCAGAUUUUGAAUUAAACGCACUUUUACAUUUCAACUUUAAAAAUUAUUUUUAUUUAUGAGUUGCUACUUGUGGCGUCGUAAAUUUAGGUGACAAUGUGAACUAUAAUUGGGGUAAGAUUGUAAAAGAUUUCGUUGGGAUAUUUCAAUGCAGGCAUUAGUUUUAUUGCAAGACUGUAAAUAAGGGGCUUCAAAAAGGUCGGCUACUGGUAACUGAUCCCUUUGUUGGCAAAUUAUACCAUCUUCUAAUAAAUCACGCGUCUGGUUUGCGUCUAAAUAAAAAAGACCGAUUAUUUUACCAACCAAGUAAAAAUUUAUAAUUCUGAUACCAGCAUUCGAUGGGCUAGCAUUUGGUCUAAAAACUUUGUAGUUAAAUUAACAGUUAGUGCCCAAAAACACACAAAACUGCUACGACUUUAUUUAUUAACAAAAAAUUUAAUAAAAAUCGAGGAUGGUCCUUAUCAAUGUACAGGCUGGUGUGUAAAAUUUCAGGAUUUUUAUUUCAUUAGAAGUCGCGAUUUUCUUGGGUGCGCGAUAAGGUUGCCCUACCCAGUACAUUAUAACCAUAGAGUCCAUCGGUAGCAAAAUUUUUUUGAUUUGUACUUUUCUAGGUGUUUUGAAAUCGUAUUUGUCUUUAGAUUUUGGUUGCGACGUUGCCAAGCUGUUGAUAUUUUUUGCAAGAUUUUGAAAAUACUUAAAGUGAUGCUUGCUAUCAGUGUCCAAAUUGCGAUCUGAAGUAUUGAUAUUUUUUAUAUAGGAGUUUUAGGUAAGUUCUCUUAUAUUUUUAUUAGUUUCUUCUUGAUUUGAAAUUAACUACUUAUUAAAAAAAUUUGAUUGUUUAAUAUAGCGUAAAAAAAGAUUCGAGAGAAACACGUUGUGUAUUGUUUUAUUAUUUCAUAACAAAGAGAAAAGUUGCCAAAGGUUAACUAAUUUUUGGAUUAAAUAUUUAUAAAUCUAGUAGAAGCUGAGACUGCUGAGAGUAUAUUUUUACUGUAUUUAAAAACUAUUAGCUGUUUCAAAACUAUAAAAACGACAACGUUGCAAUUUACCAAAUUAUUUUUUUAAAUACGGUUGAUAAAAAUGUAUAACAGUUUAAGCGAUUUUCAACCAGUGCGAAAAUUCUAAUUCACUGCAGCCAGUACACAAAUUGUGUAGAAAAAUUUAAAGAAAUUUAUUCGCUGUGUAGAUCACAUCUUACAGCGCACAUUUAAUUGUAGUUGAAUUAUAAAUUUGCGAAUAAUUUGAGUUUUGUAAAGUUAAUGACAACUAACGUAAGAAAACUAAUUUGAAAUUAAAAUAUUAUUUAUUUUACACGAAUACACAACGAAUAAAGUUUUUUUUAAUUUUUUUUUUGAGGUUAACGACAAUUUUUUACGCAUUAUUAAUAUAUUAAUAAAACAUUUUUUAUGAUAAUCAACUAAUUUUCAUUCUGAGAAAUUGUGAAAAAAAUUACGUAUAUAAUCUAACAGCAAUAACGCUUAUUUCGGUGUGAUUAUUAGUUUUUGAAACUUAAAAGUAAAGGUAAAAGUAUUUUCACAGUAGAAAUGCUAUGCUAAAAUACCUUAUACGUUUCUAGUGCAUGUGAAUUUUAUAAAAAAAAUCGACAAUUUUUAUAAUAAAUAUUACUUAACUAAAAAUAUUGAAGUAUUAAUUAAUCGAAAUUUUAUAAUUUCGAGUGUCAUUUUAACAUACAAGUGAUGCUUAAUUGAUGUUUCGUACAAAAAUUGGUUAAAAAAAAUUGUUAUUUCUUGUGUGUUGCUAUAAAAGAAAAGAUGCUUAAAUAUUAUUUUGUGCAGAAAAUACGUAAAAAAAUUAACAUUACAAAUUUAAAAAAACGUAAUUUUGGGAUCUGUAGCUAUUUUUUUAAGUAUUAUUUGCACAAAAUAUUAUUUAAGCAUCUUUUUUUUAUAAUAAUAAUUAUAAUUAUUAUAAUUAUAAUAAUAAUUUAUAAUAAUAUAAAUAAUCAGCUGUGUGAUUGUUGGUUUUUAAGAUACACCAAAAAAUACUUUUAGCAGACUCAUUUUCCAUAAAAUUGUUGCACUGUUAUUAUAAUUUCUUCGAAUGACAAUUUACAUGUUUUUUAAUAAUUUUUUUUCAGAUGCGUAUUUCUUUUUUUAAAUAUAGUGAAAUUGAUUUUAGUUUUUAGGUUUCAGUUAAUUUUUGGCAUAUAGAAAAAAUUGAAUACAUAUUUUUACCUAGCAAGAAUUCACUCUUAGUAAAAAACAUUAAGGACCUGUUUAUAGAGAGCUCAAUUAAAGUUAAUUCCGUUGUUAAAUGGGCCAAUCAGAUUUGUUUAACUUGGUCACAUGACCAGUUAAUCACGCAUUUAACUGCGGAUUAAUAUAAUGACGCUUCUACAGCGUGCUCAAAAACUGGCGCACCAACUCAAUGGUGUGUGGUAGAGAACUGGUUACAUAUGAAGGUAAAAAUAGUAAAAAAAUUCUUUGUAUUAAAGUUAUUGAUAAAUAACGGAUUUUAGAUAAAUGAUAUGUGGCAUGAUAUGUUGUCUAACAGUCAUGAGCGCAAUAAAAUUUGAAAAACAAUAAAAAUAAAUUAUUUUUGCAACGGUUUCCUAGGAAAUAAUCCCCAGUGUUGGCACAUCUACACAUUGUGAUUUUUUAGAUGAAUUUUAAUUUUGGUAAAUUAAAAAAACUGCUAAAAUCUGAUAGUAAAUUUAAAAAUAAUUAUUUAUCGUUUUGUUACGGAACAAAUACCUGGUAUGAAACAUAAAAACAUAAAAAAAUAAUGAAAACUAAAGAAGUUAACACAAUAAGUUUGUAGCUCCAGAUUUUUUAAAAUAUGACUUUAGGAAUUUUUUCAACAUUUUUCCCGUAAUCUGCACUUGUUUCUCAAUAAUGUACCACUGAGUUGGUGCGCCAGUUUUUGAGCACCCUGUAUAAAACUGACCUGACUUGACCUGACCUGACCUGACCUGACCUGACUUGUUAAUCACACAUUAUUAGUUUUUCGUAUAAAAGGUGAGUUUUUUUUGUUUUUUUCUUCUUAUGUAAGCAACUAUGAAAAUUUUUCUUUUUUACUUUACUUUUUAUUUAUUGUUAUUGAGAACGUAUUACCUUUUGAGCAGUAAUCAGUAAUACCGACGUCGUAAAUAAUUGAAAAUACAAUUGAUUAUUUUAUUAUUAUAUCCAAGAAAAUUUCUAAUGGUUUUCUUGUCUUAAUUUUUUGUGAAAAUUUAGUACAAACUUUAAUGCGAAAAUUGGAGAUUAUUUAUAAAUAACCUUAAGAUGUUCGGCUAGAUUAAUCGAUCACAUGACCAAGCUGAACCAAUGAGAUGCUCUGAUUUAUGAUUUAUGGAACAAUCGCGUAUUAACUUUUAACAGCCAAUUAAUUUUUAAUAAAACUAUACAGUUUUAAAUAUGUAUUUGAAUGAAAAAAUGAAUAAUGAAAGAUGAUAAAAUAAGAAAUAUUGAGUGUUACAUUAAAAAAAGUAGAUCAAACGAUAAAGUUAAAACAACUUGGCAGAAACGUAAAACUUUUCUUUUGUUAAUAGUUAAAAGACAGUUAAAGUAAAGUGUAAAUUAAUCCAAUUUUGCAAAAAAUAUCAAUAACCGAAAUCUAAAAACCAAAAAGCGUUUUAAGAAAAAAGUUGAUUUUGGUAAUACAGGAGCAUUUUUAAUAAAUUUUUUGUGACAUUUAUCCCAAAACACUGAAAAUAGGCCAGAACUGUUGCGUUUCAACGUUUCGUCUUCCCUGACCAUAGUUGCGCCAACAUCUCAUGUUUCCUUUUCCUCACCAUUGGUUGCCUUAUCUUUGAUUUGUCGCAAGUUCUGGCCUCGAUUGGCACGAAACGUCUAAAGUGUUUUCCAUUGCUUCUCGUGACAAUCUCUCAGUUCAAUCAAAUAGUCAGGAACUAGUAAUUUUUCAAAUUUAAUUUACUAGUUCCUGAACUAAUACAUAUUAUUCGAAAAAAUCGGGCCUACAGUUGGUUGGAAAAGCGUCCGUCGACAGUGAUCGAUAUUUUGCUAAUACAAAGUUCCACUCAAGUCAAUUCAGUUUUGUAUUUUGCAAUAAAGUGUACUCGCAUCAUAUGUCGCACCAAGCGUAGCUUAGUCGCUGGCUAGUUUUAGCUAAGAUUAAAUGACUGAUUUAUAUUUAAGUGAAUAAAAUAAAUCCACGCACUAUUAUUGUGGUGUGUGUUGAGUGUAUAGUGAUUAAAAAUAAAAGAGAAAUCAAGCGCUGUUGCCUAAUUAAACAUUUUAGAUGUUUCUGCAGUUUUAGCAAGAGAGAGACGAGUGGUUUGGUUUUUUUUGAAAAAUAGUUUGAGAGACUGGCAGGAUGCAAUAAAAUAAACCGCAAGUACCGAUGCAUUAAUGUUACCUUCAGAUAUUGUUUGUAUUUUUUCGUUAAGGUUUUUGUGUACUAUCAUGCAAUGUUCCAUCAUGUUUAGCAAUAAAUGGAUUUAGUUUGUACAUAGUAUUUAUACGAUUAAUAAAUUCAUCCAGAUUUA